AUGAAUAGCUACUCCGCUGCUGUGGUGAUAGACAAUGGGUCUGAGGUGCUGAAGGCAGGCUUGGCCGGGAACAGGGAGCCCCAGUUCGUUUAUGCCAACAUAGCAGGCCGGGUGAAGGGCAAACUGGGGGGCUCUGAAAACUCACAGAGGGAUCUGUUUGUGGGUGAGGAAGCCCAGGCCAGGAGAGGCUCUCUCUCUAUCAGCUAUCCGGUGGAACGGGGCGUUGUCACCUCCUGGGCAGACAUGGAAGCCAUGUGGAGGAAUGUUUAUGAACAUAACUUGAAAAUGAAGGCCUAUGAGAGUCCCGUGAUGCUCACAGAGCCAGCACUCAACCCCCUGACUAACAGGCAAAGGAUGACCGAGUUAUUCUUUGAGAGUUUUGAGGUGCCAGCUCUUUUUGUCUCUAUCCAGUCUGUCCUGGCCCUCUUUGCCUCGGGCUAUACAACAGGGUUUGUGCUGGAUUCAGGUGCUGGUAUAUCCCAGUGUGUGCCCGUCUUUGAAGGUUACUGCCUACCUCAUGGUGUCCUUCGGCUGGACCUGGCUGGACGAGAUCUCACCGAGUACCUUAUUAAACUCCUCCAGGAUCACAAUAUCUUGCUGCUUAGCCCAUCGGACAAAAAGAUUGUCAAUCACAUCAAAGAGAACCACUGUUAUGUAGCUGCCAACUUUGAAGAGGAACUGACCAAGAAUCCUGCCAUGUUGGAGAAAACUUACAAAUUGCCUGAUGGAAAGACCAUCAAACUCCAUGAUGAGAUGUUCAGAUGCCCGGAGAGCCUUUUUCUUCCAGGGCACCUGAAUUUGGAGGCUCCUGGCAUUGACAAGCUCUGUUUCAAUAGUAUAAUGAAAUGUGACACAGAUUUAAGGAAUGCCUUCUUCUCCAAUAUUGUCCUUGCUGGGGGAUCGACCUGCUUCCCCGGUUUAGAUAAGAGGCUAGUAAAAGAGCUGGCCCUCAUGGUGCCUGCCAACACUCCUGUGAGGGUUUCUGCCCCACCAGACAGGAAAAUAUCUGUGUGGAUGGGAGGUUCCAUCCUUGCCUCCCUUUCUGCCUUUCAGGAUAUGUGGAUCACUGCUACAGAAUUUAAAGAGGUCGGACCCAACAUAGUACAUCAGCGAUGCUUCUGA